ACGGAGCUAUCCUAGCUACGUAAAAAAAAAAAAAAAAAAUGACGGAUAUUAUAAAGUGUAAUGUUUGUAGUAUCGUAAUCGAUGAAAUGUUAUCGUAUAUUCAAAACAAAAUAUCGAUAAUAGACGAAGAAUCGCUAGUGAGAAUUUGUGUGUCGGCGUUUACGAGUGAGGAAAUCAAAAACUCGAAGUCACUGUUGUUCAGUGCAGUACCCGCAGAGCGACGUCAAAUACAACGGAAAAGAAAAGGGAAGGAAUCCCGGGAUAUGGAGGACAUAAUAUCGUUGUUCAAAUCUACAGAUCCAGAAAUAUUACCAGUGUUCGUUGCUAGACAAUUGGAAAAACUCCCGCCUAUCACAUUUGAUCAUCUUGACUGCACUAAAUUGCUCAAAGAUCUUACUCGAAUGUCAGCGGAGAUCGAGAACUUCAAAACUACAUAUGCGACUUUAAACCAUUUAGAUGAAUUGAAGCAAGAUUUUAACCGUCUGAAGUCUAAGUCUAUACCUGACACUUCGUGUUUCAAUGUAAAUUUAAAGCGCGGUGCUUGGUGUAGAAACAGUGGCCCUAUGGGUUUAUCGCAGUUCCAGAAUUCAACCUUGGAUGAAUCUCAAAAUUUUAACAUAUCUAACUGUGAAUCGAAUAAUAAUCUACAAUACCGAAGUAUCAAGGAGGGUAGUAAAGACCGCGUUAAUAAAGAAUCGUCGUUAACGAUAAUCGAGCAUUGCAACGAAGUGCCUAUGCAAAACGCUGAGACCGGUUUGAUGACUCAUGCGGAGGCCUCUCAACAAGUAAAUUGUAUGCGCUCCGAACAGCUGAUCGAUACUAUUUUGCCAAGCGAUACUGAGAUUAAAGAUGCGGAGGUAGGUUGGCAACCGGUUGUGAAUCGCAAAAAUAAACAGAAAAUGCGCUUCUCGGGAAGGACUGGACAAGCAUGUGAUGAUGACAAAUUCAAGGCGGCUGAAAAGUUUAUGCCUAUUUUCAUCAGUAACAUACAUAAUGAUACAACCGAGGCAGACAUCACUGAUUAUAUUCAUAAGAAAACACAAGAAAGGGUUUCUCUCGAGAAGAUCUCAAUCAAGAAACAUAACCACCACCUGGCCUAUAAGUUUAUGGUGCCGCAAAAUAAGCUAUCAUUAUUUUUGGAUGACAAAUUAUGGCCUCGAGGAAUUAUUUUUCGGCGCUUUGUUCAUUACAAAAGUCCUUUCAUUGCCAGUAGUAAGACGACUGUCGGCCCUAAAAUAAAUGUCAAUAAUGGAUAA